AUGCGUGCAAAUAACUUCGAAAGAGGAGGUAUAUCAUGGAGCCAGAAUGUGAACGCAUCGUAUAUUCCAGCAGAAUCAGCAGAAGAGCAGGUUAAAAGGGAUUACCCAUUCAUCCCAUACGACACAUUGGAAUUGACAAAUCACAAUGGGAUGCUUGAGCUUUCUCUCUGGGUCCUGGUGUGGCGUUCAAUUUCAGGACGCAGCGAUCCCACUAGCGAGGUCUUCGUCAUGCGGCGCACGCGCACCCAGCUGGGGCUUUCGAUUGCGGCCUGCGAAGCGAAGUACGCGAGAUGCCCACUGCAGCGGUGUCCUCCCUCGGCCUCUGAAGAGAAAAAACUCGACGUCGUGCAAGCGCAAAAGGAUCAGCGAGAACUCCCUUACAAGAAGAGCCAGCCAGCUGCAGAGGCAGGGAAGCAAGAGUGGUUCAAGUUGCUCCGCACUGACAAGAAAUCGAAAAGCUCCCUCGCCUGCCACUUGACCUCCAGAAGAACACAUGGGUUGACUGCGUUGACUGUUUUGUUGUAUCCGAUCCUACCCUUCCUCACAGCACACGAGCUCACCAGAGACGCCAAAGAGAACGAAGUUUCGCCCGAACUCUCAGACCAGCUUGGGGAUUCGGAAGAAAAUCCACCUUGA